CAUCUACGCAGUCUGGAUCCAAACGGUGCAGAAUAGAUUAGUGUAGAACUCUGACCCAGAGCGAGAGGCAAGAGCACAGAUGACCAUGACUGACCUGGAGACCUCCAUGGCCACCAUCAUUGCGGUCUUUCACAAGUACUCGGAGAGAGAGGGGGACAAGCACAAGCUGAAGAAGAGCGAGCUGAAGGAGUUGCUCCACGACGAGCUGCCCGAGCUGAUGGGGCAUGUGAAGGACCAGGCCACGCUGGACAGCCUCAUGGAGAGCCUGGACACCGACGGCGAUGCUGAAUGCGACUUCCAGGAGUUCAUGACCUUCAUCACCAUGGUUACGGUCUGCUGCCACGAGUUCUUUGAGCACGAGGACGAGUAAGGACACUGGCGAGCGUGGAGGCAAGGGGAAGGCCGUUAAGAUAAAAGGAGGCAGCAUAGCAACACAGAAAAGGGCAGAAAGCUAACACCGCUGUGUUAGCAUGACGCCGUGGCCGGACAGUUAGUCUACUCCACAUAAUGGCAAGUAACCCAUCAUUAUUAAACACCUAGUCGGUGAUACUGUCGGUUAAUAUGAAAGGUAAUCAGUUAUCACCUAGAGGUCCUGUUCUCUUCUAAACAUCUAGUUAGCUGGUAGAAUAGUGGUCAUUCUACCCCAGCUGGCACUUCAACACAUAAAUAUGCCACUUAAUUAGGAAUGUAUUGCUGUUUUGGAAAAUUGCGACAGUGCCAGAUGGGUUUUGAAUGUGGCUUGUUAAGUUGCUUAAGUUGUCCAGCUUGAAUAGUCGAACAAGCCGAUUAGCUGGUGUAACUCACUAUUUUAUUUUCUAGAAACACCCGCCAGGGGUAAACCCUUCCCGAUUGGCGGGUGGAGUAACCGUAGCAACAACUGAACGUAAUGAACUACCUGGUAGAAUAGAUAAGCAGCAGUAUUUGUGCCGCCUGAGGACCUGAUUGAGAACGAUCGUGAUGGGGAAAUCCAGCCAUCCUUUGGACGUCGGUCCCCCCCCCCCUCCUGUGUAAAAAUCAGCUGAAUCACAUAACAGUUUAGAAAUGCCGCCUGCCCCUGAGGCCGGCUGGCUUGUUGGCCUGCCUCCAUGCCGGGUCGGCUGGUGCUGACCCUGACCGUAGCCUCAUUUAGCCGUGCUGGCCUCAGAGAGACACACGCGAAGGAACAACACACCCCAAAUCACGUGAUCUGUUCUGCUCGAUGUGCAUAACCUGCUGUCCGUGUGAAGCUUAAGCGAUAGAUUAAAGCAACGUAGAGGAAGCGGCGUGGCUUGUCUGUACGGAUGUGAGCAUGU